AUGAAGAUUUUAAACCUCCUAAUCUUAGCUAUUAAAGAGGCGAAACGGCCCGAACCGAACUAUCUGCAGGAUGCAGCGAUUGCUAUCUGUUCCGCGGAGUCGGCCAAUGGAAGCGCCGAGCACGGCGGCGAUUUCAUGGCGCUAGCGAGGGCGUGUUGGGACCCGCCUCUCGCAGGAGGCCGGGAGGACGCGGCAGGAUAA